UACCAUCUAUAUAAAGACCAGCAGAGCAACAUGUGAGUUCUCAUAUUGGAUAAGAAAGUUUGAAAUUUUGGUAGAGAAUUUGCUUUAUUGCCCCAAUAUGGCAUGCUUAAACAUGUUGAACAAUGAUCAACAAGGACCCUACACAACAAUGGGUCCAAGAAUAUCAUUUUCCAAUGAUUUUCUUGAUACUCAACCACCCCAUUUGAGGCAUGAAAAUGGCUACAAAGAAGCUCCGGUGUCCUCGGAUUUCGAGUUCUCUGUUCCUGGCUACAACAUGAUCUCUGCAGAUGAACUUUUCUCCAAAGGCAAAUUGUUGCCAUUGAGAGUGAACUCUAGAGCUACAACUCUUAAAGAUGAGCUUCUUGUUGAUGAUGACGAUGAUUAUGAUGAUAUUUUUUCAAGAAUGGGAAAGGGGAUGAGAAGUUGGAAGCAACGUUUGGGGUUGAAGAGAUCACAAAUUUUGCCACAGAAAGGUGAUACAAAUGGUGGAGAUUUAGAUAUAAUAGAUGAGACAAAGACACCUGAUGACAUGUUUGCUAAUAUCACAGGAGCUAACUGAUAGGAUUUGAAGAUGGAGGAAGCAAUGAUAUCGUUCGAUCUAACCAAGGUGGAAGAAAUUUAAUUUUCUUGUUGUUGGGGUGUUUUUGGAGAAUUUUGAGGUUCUCUUGAAGAAAAUUGAUCUCUUCAUCAUGUACAUAUCUGCAUCUUUUAUUUAUUAAUGUUUUGUAAAAAUAACUUAACUUCAUGUACUUUGCUGUAAUCAUAUGUAUUUAAUUUGUUGGAC